GUGCAAGCUAUGCGAGCAGACAUAAUGACACGCGAAAAUUUCCACGUACGAAAAUCCCACUCGACGAUAAAGUGGCAUUUAAUUAACCAAUCGUGAUAAAGAAAUCUUUGCUCCUUUUGGUUCUGAUUGGUCAAUUAAUAAUAACACCACUCUACCAAUCAAGUAGAAUUCCUAGACGCACUAUGUGCGAAUAUUCACGCAUCAUGACGGUGAAUUAUUCGGUGAAUCGGCAAAAUUGUCCCAAAGAAGCGGUUAUGAUGCGGAGCAUUCAAAAAUAAUAAUAAUAAUGCUACCGAUUGGAAGUUUUCAAUGUUACUAUGCCUAGGGAAUGGAAGUGUAUUAAAGAAGUUUCCCGUGAUCUUGCUAAUAAAAAAAAACGCAAUAUUAUUGCUCGUCAAGUCAUCGCAUGCUUGAUAUAUGCAAAUUUGCUCUGUUACGUUGUUACAAACUGCGCAAAUGUCUUUGGCAAAAAUCGAGUUUGCUGUGCAUAUGACAUGCCAGAAAUGCGUCAAUGCAAUUCGCGAGAGUAUAGCCGAUGUGGAAGGUGUCCAAAAUAUUGAUAUAUCGUUGGAACGUGGUACUGUUGUGGUCGAAACAAAUCUACCUUAUUCUGUCAUACAAGAAAGAAUUGAAAAGACUGGAAGGCAGGCGGUGCUGAAAGGAUACGGAGAUGAAUUGAGCGCGGUGUCAAUGUUAGGUGGAAAUUCAGGAUACAGUGUGGGUAAUUUAGUGAAAGGAGUAAUAAGGUUUGUCCAAACUCCAAAGGGAUGUAUUGUAGAUGGUACAGUUGAUGGAUUAGCUCCAGGUGAACAUGGUAUACAUAUACACGAAUGUGGCGACUUAUCUAAAGGCUGUGACAGUGUAGGUGAGCACUUCAAUCCAAAUAAUUCUUCACACGGAGAUCCUGAAGAUGAACUGUCCAAGAGGCAUGCCGGUGAUCUUGGUAAUAUCUCAGCAGAUUCUACAGGCAGAGCUACAUUUCGGAAAAUAGAUAAAUUUCUUAAAAUACCCGACAUUAUCGGCAGAUCCCUAAUUAUUACUGAAAAUCCUGACGAUUUUGGAAAAGGUGACAAUCCAGAAUCUAAGAUAAACGGAAACAGCGGAAAUAGGUUGGCUUGUGGUAUUAUAGCCAGAUCAUCGGGGUUGUUUCAAAAUACGAAGAAAAUUUGCGCGUGUGAUGGUCUCACAAUAUGGGAUGAAAGAGAUCGGGCUCUUGUACAUAAUGGUAUUACAAAAAAUUAUACAAACUUUAAUGAAAAAAUAUGCACAGUAAUCUGAAUAUUUUCAAAGAUGAAAGAGUUAUUCCUGGGAAUCACACAUUUUAUGCAGAUAUAAAUUUUUAAUCUCAGGAAUAUUUUAUUUUUAUAUCGACACAAAGAUUUUGUAACUUACUGGUGACUUAGCAUUUUUAUAUACUUUUUCAAAGAUCCAAGUUAUGUGAAAAUUGAAAUUCCCUACAGCUAAUUUCAGCCCAACAACUAAUUUCACAGUAACAUUAAUUUUUUUUUCAAAAGUAACG